AUGGACAGCGCAGCGCUGAAUAUUACUUCCAGUCAAGCUUCUCAGACCCCGCCGGCCAUAGGUGAUAUCGGUCGGAUUACCCAGCGGCAAUAUGGCAUAGCAGUUGGCGUUUUCUUUGCGUUAGCAUCACUGUCGUUCUUUGGUCGCAUCUUCAUCCGACUCUUCACUCGACGACGCCUCUAUUUGGACGAUGCUUUCCUUAGCUUUGCUUUUACCACACUGUUGAUAGGAACAGUACUGGGCUUUCUCCGCGCAUACACCAUCUACUUUCAGAUGGCAGCAUUGGAAGGAAAUGUUGGCGCAGUCCUCUUUCUCGCCUCGCAUUUAAAUGAACAUGCGAAAGACUAUGGCUUCAACAUCGCCUUUAUAGUUCUUCUCUGGACCACAGUUUUUGCUGUCAAAUGGUGCUACUUGGCAUUCUUCCAGCCCCUCCUGGUGGGAAUGUCACGCUGGUUUAUUAUCUAUUACCGUUUCACUGUCGGGCUGUCUGUUAUCUCGUGGAUCUUGAGCGCCUUCGUCGCUCCGAUCGUUCCUUGCCCGUACACAGGAAUGAAGGCAAUUUCCAAAUGCUUUCCCACUUUACCAGUCCCGAACAGCACGGUUCUUGCAAUGAUUUGGCUUCCACCAAUUUUGGAUGCGGUCACCGAUCUGAUGAUAAUUAGUAUUCCAAUCCGGUUGCUCUAUAAGGUCCAAUUGCGAACCUUGACAAAACUGGGACUUGGAUGCUUCCUGUGUCUCUCGAUCUUCAUGUGCACAUGCUCCAUCAUUCGCACUGCAGGCACAUGGUAUCACGGGCUUCUCGACUACCCAUGGCAGGUAUUCUGGCUGCAUUUGGAGGGAUGUAUCGGAGUCACCAUGGGAUCUAUCACCGUCUACCGGUCCACUUUGAUCGGAUCAAAUGAGGUUUCAACCGCAUUCAAGAGAUACUUUACCCGGAUCAAGGACGCGGUUUGGGGGUCGUCAAGUGGCACAGCACAAGCGCCACCAACAGAGGAAAACAAGACUCGGACACGUCAAUUUGGACUGCCGUCCAUUCCACAAGCAACUAUUACGGGGUUGCGCACGUGGUUCGGUCUCUCCAGGAGGGAUCCUGCCGCUUCCAAUGAUGCCUCCGGGAUCAGUAGCUUUAACAGCGAUAUCGAUUACCAUACUUUGUUGAAAGCUCCCAAGGCAGCGGCGGGUCACCGUCAAUGA